GGUCAGACCUCAGCAGAGGGUCAAGAGGAGAAGAAGAAAACUCGUCCGCUUCCUUUAUCGGACAGGCACAUUUAACAACAAAUAGCAGCUCUCCCCAGCAAGAUGAGUGCAGCUAAAGGUGUAGCUAUUGGCAUUGACCUGGGCACCACCUACUCCUGUGUGGGGGUUUUCCAGCAUGGAAAAUUAGAAAUCAUCGCCAACGAGCAGGGCAACAGGACCACUCCCAGCUAUGUGGCCUUCACAGACACCGAGAGACUGAUUGGUGAUGCGGCCAAGAACCAGGUGGCCAUGAACCCCAGCAACACGGUGUUUGACGCCAAGCGGCUGAUCGGAAGAAAGUUUGACGAUGCGGUGGUGCAGUCAGACAUGAAGCACUGGCCCUUCAAGGUGGUUUCAGAUGGAGGGAAGCCCAAAAUUCAAGUGGAAUACAAGGGGGAGGACAAGUGCUUCUACCCUGAGGAGAUUUCCUCCAUGGUCCUGGUGAAGAUGAAAGAGAUUGCCGAGGCCUACCUGGGCCAGAAGGUGUCCAACGCAGUCAUCACUGUCCCAGCUUACUUCAAUGACUCCCAGCGUCAGGCCACUAAGGAUGCGGGCGUCAUCGCAGGACUGAACGUCAUGAGGAUCAUCAACGAGCCCACGGCCGCCGCCAUCGCCUACGGUCUGGACAAAGGCAAGUCAGGAGAACGUAAUGUCCUGAUCUUCGACCUGGGCGGGGGCACCUUUGAUGUGUCCAUCCUGACGAUUGAGGACGGGAUCUUUGAGGUGAAAGCCACAGCUGGAGACACUCACCUGGGCGGAGAGGACUUUGACAACCGCAUGGUCAGCCACUUUGUUGAGGAGUUCAAGAGGAAACACAAGAAGGACAUCAGCCAAAACAAGAGAGCCCUGAGGAGGCUGCGCACUGCUUGUGAGAGGGCCAAGAGGACCCUUUCCUCCAGCUCUCAGGCCAGCAUCGAUAUCGAUUCUCUGUUUGAGGGCAUCGACUUCUAUACCUCCAUCACCAGGGCUCGCUUUGAGGAUCUGUGCUCCGACCUGUUCAGGGGAACAUUAGAGCCUGUGGAGAAAGCCCUGAGGGACGCCAAAAUGGACAAGGCCAAGAUCCACGACAUUGUCCUGGUCGGAGGCUCCACCCGAAUCCCCAAAAUCCAGAAACUGCUGCAGGAUUUCUUCAACGGCAGGGAGCUGAACAAGAGUAUCAACCCAGAUGAGGCAGUGGCUUAUGGUGCUGCCGUCCAGGCCGCCAUCCUCACAGGCGACACCUCGGGCAGCGUUCAGGACCUGCUGCUGCUGGACGUGGCACCUCUGUCCCUGGGUAUCGAGACAGCCGGAGGUGUCAUGACGUCCCUGAUCCAACGCAACACCACCAUCCCCACAAAACAGACACAGAUCUUCAGCACUUACUCUGACAACCAGCCUGGGGUCCUCAUCCAGGUCUAUGAAGGAGAGCGAGCCAUGACCAAGGACAACAACCUGCUGGGCAAGUUUGAGCUGUCAGGAAUCCCCCCUGCUCCCAGAGGGGUUCCUCAGAUCCAGGUCACCUUUGACAUCGAUGCCAACGGCAUCCUGAACGUGUCUGCGGUGGACCAAAGCACGGGCAAAGAGAACAAGAUCACCAUCACCAACGAUAAGGGCCGGCUCAGCAAAGAGGAGAUCGAGAGGAUGGUGCAGGACGCUGGCAAAUAUAAAGCUGAGGACGAUCUUCAGAGGGAGAAGAUCACUGCCAAGAACUCCCUGGAGUCGUAUGCCUUCAACAUGAAGAGCAGCGUGCAGGAUGAGAGUCUGAAGGGCAAAAUCAGUGAGGAGGAGCAGAAGAAGGUGGUGGAGAAGUGUGAGGAGACCAUCGCCUGGGUGGAGAGCAACCAGCUGGCUGAUAAAGAGGAGUACCAGCACCAGCAGAAAGAGCUGGAGAAAGUGUGUAACCCCAUCAUCACUAAGUUGUAUCAGGGAGGAGCACCUGCAGGUGGCUGCCGAGAGCAGGCAUGAUCCAGCUCUCAGGGCCCGACCAUCAAGGAGGUCGACUAAAGCGGUCCUUCAUCUGGACUCUGACAUGAAUCUGCUGUCAUCACUGUGAUCGUUUAUAAACAUUGACCUCCUGCCACAUUUUUCUAAAUAUUUGACUGUUUUAUGUUUGUGAUGUAUAAAGACCUUUAAAUGUAGAGAAAAGCCUGUUCCUAAUAUUUUGUAUUCAUCCAUGCAUUGCUAGACAUUGCAAAGAAAAAAAAACAACUUUACGGGUAUUUGAAUUAUUCUGCUGUCAUCUUUCUGUUCAUGUUUAUUCAGCCUGUCAAUUAGGUUUUCUAUGUCUUAUAAGUGACUGGCAAUAAAAAAAUGACUCAAUGAA